ACAUUGCAUUUUAAAAAAUCAAGUCUUCUAAAUGUGCCGGGCACACUUGUAGCUCAUGUCUCUUCAGAUACGAAGGCAAUGCGGCAGCAGAGCCCACUUCACACAGCACCAUCUUGGUGGAGCCAACGUGAAGGAAGGCGUCAUUAGAAGUCCACUGUCCAGUCGGUUGUCUGUCUGUCUGUCAGGAGGGCUAGCCUGAGGGGAGGGUUCCAGCCCUCUUGUCGCCCCCACCGCCAGGCGCUGUGGGUGGUCGCAGGCUGUGGGCGGGGCCCCGGGAGUAGCAAAGCCCCUGGGCUGCGGCAGCAGCGACAGGAGCCUGGGUCCAGCGGUCCCCUCCGCCCCCGCCCGCCCCCGCCCGCACCACGGAGCCCCGGAAGCGGCGGGAUUUCCUGUGCCCGCCCCACGCCGGCCCUGUCGCCUGUCGCUGGCUCUGCGGGCCACGGGCUCGGCCGCGCCGGGCGGGAGGCAGUGCCAAGGGGCCGAGCCCGGGUGAGUGGGGCCGGGGUGCGGGUGGGCGUGGAGGAGGGCGCCAGCCUGACCGUGGGGACUGUGGCGUCGGUGUCGCAAGCCCGGUCCCGUCGCUGUCACUGGCAUGGGCGUCCCCGCAGCACCCUUCUGUCACUUGCUAUAGCCCCGGCUCGCAGGAACCUGUUUUCUGGCCUCACUUAGGGAGCUCCAGAGUCUUCUGAAAUCUGACCCUCCCCGUGGUGCUGUGACCGGGAGAGAAGAAAUCUUACCCUGCUGCGGGCUCAGGGCCCGAGGUGCCACACCCGUGGUGGCCCGGCCACUGGGAACCACUCUCGUCCCUGUGCCCUUGGGCCACUUUUUGAAACCAGGGUCCUGAGACUGUCCAUAGAACUUGCUGCAAAAAAAAAAAAAAAAAUCAGCAGGUGCCCUGCCUCCCAGAUACAUAAGCAGGCAAGAAAUGAAAGCCCAGGAACCCAGGCUCCAGCGGACUUGGGAUUGUCCUGAACUAGGGGAAAGGGAAAAAAGAAAACAGGUGAAAGCUGAAAGGCCAGGUGCUGGCCCUGCCUCGAACACCCUAGGAAAUACAAGCAGGUGACAGUAGCAGGUGACAUCCUUUGCUCGGUUCCUGUUAACAUCUCCACAGGUUUUCUGUCCUCAUCCAGCUCGCCCAGUGUGCAGACACAUUUCCCAUGGAGGACUCUCCUCUGAAGGAGGUGACAGGGAAGUGGGUUGAGACAGGUGUCCCAGUACUAAACUGGAGAGGAAACUGCUGGAGGGCCUGCCUAGGCAGCGAGGGAAUGAGGGGGACUGGAGGUGCAGAAGGGUGAUUGGUGUCCUGCGUGUCUAAAAGUGAGAAAGGGCACAGGUGCUGAAAUCCAGAGGAGAGCUAAAAUGGAAAUUCCACUAAGUGCUGCCUUACCCUCUUUCCCUUCCUCUCCUAACACCACCCAAGCUGGGAAUCAGCCCAGGAUGCCUCCAUGAGGCCCCAGAGUCAUCUUUGAGCUUCAACAGUGGGAAGAGGAGUUUGUUCAUUUAGUACAUUGUUCUUAGAAAUCUGUUGUCACAGGCAAAUGGACCAGGAAGUAGCUGGCCUGGAGCCCUUCCAAGCCUCCUGGGGUCUUGCAGAUGUUACUGAAUGAUCCUGUGAGUCAAAACAGCCCCUGAAAUUCUGACUUGUUCUAGGGAGAUUACUGGUCGCUCCGUCUACAUGGGAAGGGAGUAGGAAUGACAGAAAUCCAUUGGCACCAUGGUUCUACCAUGGUUGUCAAAUGGGUCCUGUCUUGUUCUAGGACUGCUGUGGAUUCUAAAACAAACCCUAACCUAAAUCCCUUUCUUGCGAUCAAACCCCAUUUAUUCUGUUUUAUGGGUGGCGUGACUGACCGGCCUUCUGUUGCUUGUCAAGCCCAAACUAUGUCUGCUGUUUCAGCUUCCCUUUCUUAACUCAAACCUCUUCCCGUGAACAAACACCGGCUUCCCCAUGCCAUUCUUGGAGUUCGAUAUAUUCUUUAUAAGGCGCUGUGACUGGUGCCCAUCACGUACUCCAGCCUCUAACGUUGUGUUAAUAAUGCCGCCUUCCCGCUUCCCACCACUUCUCCACGCUCUGAUCUUCCCACCAUUCCCAAUUAAACUUCAGCUCUUCACCGACCUGCAGUUUCUGCUCCCUGUCAGGCCUGUGCUGGGUACAUCCAGCUCGCCUGUGUAGCGGUCCAGGUCACUGUCUUUCUGCUGUGUUUGUCUCAGUUCUCAUUUCCUAUGUAGGAAUGACAGGUCAUGGGUCCCUUCACUGAGACUUAAGGGAGGGCUAUCUGGUUCAUUUUGAACAGGUACUUAGGACAGGUCUACCCCCUGGGUGGGACUUCUACACCAGUUGAUGAAAAUGAAAUCUGAGGCAUAGAAUCUCUCGGUAUGUUCGCACCCAUCUUUGUUGAGUGGAUUCCUUCCUGCAUUUUCAAUGAAUUCGAGUGAGGUCUGUUUAUAGCGUGAGGCCUUUGAAUACCCGGGACCUGACUGUGGAUCACCUGUCGGCUCCUGAGUUCCUCCAGGAAAGCUAGGCUCACACUGCCUUGUCCUAGCGGGCACUCACUGCAGACAUGCUUUCGGAACAGAGCGUAGCCCCGGGUGCAGGAUGGGAGCCAAUGAGUGCACAGCUGGAUGCAGCGGAACCCGGGUCAGAAAGAGGAGCCCGGGAAGAGGGCCCGUGGAGAACAGCACCAAGGCCGCUGGAGCACCUUCACAGUGGUCUUGAAGACGAGACACUGUCCCUUCAGGAGAAGGCACCGUCUGCUCCCUGGGUUCCUGCCGUCCCCCAGGAGGGGGACACUGGAGACUGGGAAAUGGCAGCCGCACUUCUUGCAGCUGGGUCCCAGGGCCUAGUAACUAUCAAGGAUGUGUCCUUAUGCUUCUCUCAGGAGGAGUGGCGGAGCCUGGACCCCUCCCAGACAGACUUUUACGGAGAAUAUGUCAUGCAGGAAAAUUGUGGGAUCGUCGUCUCUCUGAGGUUUCCCAUCCCCAAACUGGACAUGCUUCCUCAGCUAGAAGGAGGAGAAGAACAGUGGGUCCCUGACCCCCAGGACGUAGAGGGGAGGGACAUCCGGAAGGUCACGUAUGCAGGAGACGGAGGUGAACCCAAGGGUGAUACUCCUGAGCUAGAGACAGAACCUUCCAGAACAUUAUCCAGUAUGUCUGAAGAAACUGUUCUCUGGAACCCAGGGCAGGGUCCAAGCUGGAGGUCCAUGCCCAGCAGUUCCACAGGAACGCUCCCAAGACCACGGUUCCUUCAGGAGGACAGCGUCUCUCAUCUCCUACGCAGCACAGACACGGACUCUCUCUUAAAACCACAUACGUGCCCUCAGUGUGGGAAACAGUUUGUGUGGGGCUCCCACCUUGCCCGACACCAGCAAACACACACUGGAGAGAGGCCCUACAGCUGCCUCAAGUGUGAGAAAAGCUUUGGGCGAAGGCAUCACCUGAUCAGGCACCAGAAAACCCAUCUGCACGACAAGCCAAGCAGGUGUCCUGAGUGUGGCAAGACUUUCCGAUGCAGCUCCCACCUGGCCAGCCACCAGAGAGUGCACGCGGACAGCAAGUCCUGCAAGGGCCAAGAAAUUGGAGAGAGUCCUGGGGCUCAGUGUGCCCCACCAGUGCCAAAGUGCCACGUGUGCACGGAAUGUGGGAAGAGCUUUGGCCGAAGACACCACCUAGUGAGACACUGGCUAACCCAUACUGGGGAGAAGCCCUUCCAUUGCCCUCGCUGUGAGAAGAGCUUUGGCCGUAAGCACCACCUGGACAGGCACUUGCUGACCCACCAGGGACAGAGUCCUGGGAGCAGCUGGGACAGAGGGACAUCUGCCUUUUGAAAUCUGUCUCUUCUGUAGCUACGGUGAUAUCUAUAAGCCGGUGCUACCAGCAGCCACUGCCAGAGCCGUCCCUCUCCUGUACCCAGAGAACGGGAGUAUUUCUCACCUCUUCUGUGAGACAACGUGCAAAAACAGAGUUCUUUGGGCAAAAUUUGGGGAAAUGGUGCAAAGUCUGUUUGUGCCUAUUCAUCCUGAACCUACUCUCAAGGGUACAGCGGAACCAGCAGUGAUGGUUGAGGUCUAUGCGGUACCAAUUUCUAAAUAUUUACUCUACAGAGAGAAUAGGUGAAAGGGUCCGUUGUGAGUAUAUCAAGGGCUCUGAGAUCCUCCGCAGAUGGUUUCUGUUUGUGUAAUGUUUCCUAAAUUUGUUUGGCCCCAGGAUCUAUUUCAUAUCCCACAGAAUGGGUGACUCCAUGAAGUUUACUUCUGUGAGCACUGGGCUAAACUGCAAGGAGGAAACAGGAAAGAGAUGGUGACCAGGCAUUCAGAGCCUGAGAGCCAGGGGCCAGACAUUCUCUGUGGGUCUGCCUCUCUUCCCCAGUGAUUACACACCUCUCACUCCUACCUCUGCAAAGUAUAGAGUGACUGUUCACUCGAAAUUCGUAUUCCCCUCAUCCUGCACACACACACACACACACACACACACAAACACACACGUGCACACACAUGCACACACAUGCACAUGCACACCACACACACACACACACACACACACACACACACACACACACACACACAUAUGAGGUUGAGAGAUCAGGUUACAGAACUGAAGAGUGAAUUUUAUACCCCUAAGUAAUCAAGGCCCACACGGAAGGAAAAAUAUUCCCUUGAACAGAGUUUUCUCUUGUCUGUGUUUUUGUGUCCGUGUGUAUAUGUGUGCAGGGUCUUUGAAGACAGCAUGCUCAGUGCAAAUUGUACAAUUUAGCUUUUCUAGGAAUUGUGUUCUAGGGAUAAGGGUAGUGGGGACAGUAUGAGUUUUUGGUUUUGUUCAAAUGUAUUCUGAGCGGUGAAGGGAGUCGUGGUGGAGUGGUGUAAUGACGGCUUAACUUGUGUACAAAGUUUUCCUCGGUAUUCCCGGGAUGUAGACAGUUGUGGACUUGUAUAUCUAGGUCCGGAUCUCUGGGAAGAAAUUCUCUUUCCCUGCAGAGACAGAAAGGGACAGUGACUUUUGAUUGUUGUUGACCUCAAGCGAUGUGACGGUGGUUCGUGUUGCGUGGGGUUCGGUCUUGUUCUGUGUGAAGUGCUAAAAGUAAUUAGGGAAGGGAUCAUGGCGCUGGGAGUCUUUCUCAUCAUCCUAGUUUGGCAUUCAUCAGAGGGAAGAAUUGUUGCUGAGCACCUCAUUCUCCCAGGAAAACGAACUCGAGGAGCUAAGGCUGUCGCUUACCUUGGCAGCUUGAGGGUAAUGAGCUUCCUGCCGGUGUUGAACCUUCCAGUUCUGGGAAGGGCUUCACACCCAAGACUCUCGCCUCGAAGGUUAAUGCCUGCACCAGGGGGGUUCAGACAAACAUGCUCACACUUGUCUGGUCAUUUGUUUUCAUCGUUUUUUUUUUCUUUUUGGUGAUUGUGUUAAUGCCCGUCUUACAACUUAACCUCUAUUUAAGAGAAGUUUGGGGUGAGGGAGGAAAAGAAGAAUGUGAAAGUGGGUGUUUUCAAGGUUCCCAGGCUACUUUUUUCUCCUUGAGGUAUUUAUUUCUCCAACACUGUUGGAAUUAGCCAGAGAGCCAGGAGGGAGUGGGUUUUCAGAAAUCUAGUUAAUGAGCGCUCUGCUCAGGCAAAGCUGGGUGAAUCAGACAGAGCCCUUGGGCCCUUGGCUCAAGAGGAAUUGAAAUGGAGUCAUUCUGCUGACUGGGCAUUUUGUUUAUUUGAGCAACCCAGCCACCAACCCCUCUCUGAUGCUGCUAAGAAUGCCCUCCCUCCUUCCUCCUUCCUCCUUCCUUCCCUUCCUCCCUCCCUCCCUCCCUGAGCUGGGGUGCAUUCUCUUGCCUAUGCUCUGAUGAAUUAAGCAAAAAAAUGGGCAGCCUUUUGCAAGCAGGCCUUGGCCUCCCAGGAUUAGAAUCACUCUAGAACCAGUGUUAUGAGAAUGAGAGAAAAAAAUCUCCCACUUUGAUACAAAGAUUUAAGAGAAGUCAGUUCUGUGCAAAGCCAGAACUGUUCUCUGUAGCAGAACAUCUUUCAACUUAAGAGAUCCCUUGGGAAUCUGAUGGAAACUGGAAUUUAACUUUGCAGAAAAGUAGACAUUUACAACCCACUCAUUUGCAUAUGCAUGAAGUGGACUCUGAGCCUGCUGGGCAUCUCCGAAGGGGAGGAAUAGUUGUUAGCGAUAUCGUACACCUUUAAUCCCAGCGGUGGGGAGGCAGAGGGAGAUUACUUCUAUGUUCUGGAUGAGCCAAGGCAAUAUAAUGCCGUCCUGUCUGAAAAAAACAGAAGGAACUUAACCUGCCUGACUCUGGUUGUUGUAUACAUGAUACCUGUGCCAAGAAUUACAAGGCAAGAUUCAGUAAGUAUUUUAAGGACUUAAAUACUGGAAGGCACCAAGAGACAAGGACAGAGCCAGGCCUGCAAUGACUUGGAUACUGCUUAUACUGACCGUACUCUGCUCUUAGGGAACAUCGCCAUGCUCACGGCUCAGCUCACACAACUGGUUUUAAAGACUUGUGGGAGUUAUGUUCCUACUUAACAGAUGAUACCUCUUAACAGUUUAAACCUCCAGCCUUUUAUCUACUUUAGUAAUUGCAGGGAUAGAAAGUGGAGCCCCCCAACCCAAGGGGUAGGUGCAGUUACAGCACCCAAUUGAGAAGCAGCACAGAGUUUAAGGGCUUUUUUCUUUUCCUUUUUUUUUUUUUUUUUGUAAAAGGAACAGUCUUUUGACUCAUUUCUGGUUUCUACCUCGGUCCAAUACCAACGCCUUUGGACAAACAAUAAAACAAGCAACGGCCAUUAAA